AUGAAAUGCGCCAACGAGACGGUGACGAUUGAGCUUAAGAAUGGCACGAUUCUUCACGGCACCAUCACUUCCGUCUCUCCUCAGAUGAACACCUCCCUGCGAACAGUAAAGAUGACCCCCAAGGGUCGUGAUCCCGUCUCCCUGGACACCAUCAACAUUCGUGGCUCGACAAUCCGAUACUACAUUCUCCCCGACAGCUUGCCACUCGACACUUUGCUUGUGGACGACGCUCCCAAGCCCAAGAACAAGGCUCGAAAGGAGGCGGAUCGUGGGCGUGGUGGGCGUGGAGGUGGCCGGGGCGGCCCUCGGGGUCGGGGUCGUGGCCGCGGUCGUGGCCGAGGCUUCUAG